AUGCGAAUCCGGAAGCCCCCGAUGACCCGCGAUAGAUGGCAAGAUUUACUUUAAGCUUAAGGGCCGCGGACAACACAGAAGAAGAAGUGGGAUUCUAAUUAAAAAGAAAUGGUGGCGGCAGCCGCGCGGCGAAAGCGCGGCCCGCAGGGCCGCGCUUGCGCCGCGCGGCUGGUUUGGCUUUCGCGCUGGUUAGAUUUUCGCGCACGCAUUUGGUUACCAAUAUCGCCCUCCGGGCGCGAUCUUCAUA